AUGGCAGCUCCUAUUUAUAAAACAGAAGACGAUGAAGAAGACGAUGUAAAGAAAAAGAAAAAGAACAAUUUUUUUUUUUUCUCCAAAAGUGAAAAGAGCACUAGUACUAAGAAACCUCCUAAAAGUAACAAUGAGGAUGAUAUUAAUUUUUACGAAGAAGAACCAUAUUUAGAUGACAAAAUUAAUGAUGUGGAUUAUAUUAUUUUAAUAAUUCAUGGGAUAGGAUCUAAUGAAGAACUAAUCAUAAAUCAAAGUGAAGAUCUCAAAAAUAGUUUUAAACUUGUAAAAAAAAUGUGGUUUUUUGAUUACCCCUUUAAUAUACAUUUCCAUAUAUUUAACUGGAAAAAGUACAUAAUAGAUGCACAGAUACACGUUUUCAACAGAAUAAACAUUAACACCAUGGCUGAGACCCGAAAGAUAGUGAACCUCUCAGCAGGAGACAUCAUAUGUUUCUUGCAUCCAAGAUAUGGCGAUUAUAUAAUGUUAAAUUUGUAUAAUGACAUAAAUAGGACAUUAGAAUCUUUAAAGAGUGACUGCAGUGGUAGAUUCAAAAAUUCGAAGAUAUGCCUUUUAGGGUAUUCACUUGGAAGUGCUAUGGCAUACGAAAUAUUACACAAUGUAAAGGUUCGAAUAAGUGAUAGUAAUAUAAAAUAUCAUUUAAAAAGCAAAAUUGAUUAUUUAUUUAUGCUUGGAAGUCCUUUAAGUGCAUUAUUAUCUUUGUAUAAGCCAGAAUAUAUAAAUGAUGGUUUAAAAUUAAUGGAAGGUAUAAAGGUUUACAACAUUUUUCAUGGCUUUGAUCCUGUUGCAUUUAGAAUAGAACCAUUAAUAUAUCCCAAAGUAAGAAAUCUUCCAGAACCUGUUUUGAUAAAUUAUUGGAGAAAUAAUGGUGCUAGAUAUUGGUUUGAAUGGGAUAAAAAUAUGCAAAAUGCAAAAAUAGCUAUUGUUCAAAAUUUAAAUGAUUUUACAUCUGCCAUUACUAAUGGGUUCUAUAAGUUUAUUGGUAAAUCUGAAACAAAUGAUGAAAAUCAAGGCACACUUAAUAAAAACAUCUGCUACAACAAGUGCGAGAGUAAAGACAUAAAUAUGUUCUUAUUAAAAGUAAAAGAAAAUCAAAGAAAAAUAGCUAUACAAAAAAGAAAAAUAGAAAGAAAUAACACAAAAUCGAAAAACUCUAAUAAUAAUGGCGAAUUAUUUUAUGACAAUCCACAUGAACAAAACCAGUACCAUGAGCAACAAACAGACCAAACAGGGAAUAGUUCCAAUAUUCAAGAAAGUGACGAUUAUUUAUCUGCAGGUAAUUCAAGCUAUGUAGAUAGUACUAAAAGCAUUCGUGCAUCUCAAGAUUCCAAUAGCGAAAUUUCUUUUUUUGAUCAAGAUCUUAGUGAUGAUUCACAUGAAAAUCUAGAACGGCAAAAUAGAGCAAACGAAAAAGAAUUCAUAAAAAAGGAAAACAAUAUGUAUAGAGAUUCUGCAAUAGGGCAAACUAAAUCAGAAUUGGGAAAUGCAGAUAUAAAUAAAAACAUGAACAACACAUAUGAUAAAGGAGCUGAACUCCCGAUUCGAUAUGAUUAUCAACUACAAGAAUUCAUUAUGGAACAUUAUAUUUACCCAUUGGCCGUGGCAAAAUCUCAUUUUAAUUAUUUCAUAAUUAAGGACAUUUCAUUUUUCAUAUUAAAGGAGUUAAUAGAUAGAACGACAGCCCUAAGUUAUGAAGAUUACUUAACUCAAAUCGAAAGAGAAUAUAACGAUAAAUCAUUAAGUGAAAUAGAUAAUAAUAAAAAGGAAAAGUACUUGAAAAUAUCUUUAACCGCAAGCAAAACUCUUGAAGAAUUUCGUAGAUAUGAAAAAAAUAUGCAAGUCAUGUCUGAUCCUUUUAAUAUGAAAAAUUUUAAAAAUCUCAUUUGA